UUGUUAUCGGCAAAUGUUUUUCUGUGGUCCGUAGACACUAAGUAUACACUAAGCUAUACGUUGAAGUGUAGUGUUUGCAGGUCGUGGCUCGUGGAAUUCAAUAACUAGUCCGUAGUUCCGUACGACGUACGAGUUCGUAGAAAAAUGACUUCCAAAUAGGUAGAUUAUUUGUGUUCUACAUCAUGUUUCUUCGUCCUACGAAUAUGCACCACAAAAUUCGGUGUGAACAUGAUUCAAAAAGAUGGCAAAACGUUGGUGCAGUUAACAAACAUUUUUAAACUAUGUCUACCGUAACUGAAGAGAAAAAGUCGAUCAGAAUGGUCGGACCUAAAGUAUCUCAAAUUGCAAACAUUUUUCAACGUCCUACAGUGACUAAGGAUCCAGAUAUAAUAGUAGUCAAGCAAAAUGCUUCACCUACAUUAGAUAAUAAAUUGCCAGUCAAAGUAGAAACGCCUAAUCAAGUGACUGUUGUAAGGACUGAAAGCCACUUAGCAAGAUUUAAUAAUGCUAGAGCUCUUUUUGAAAAAUUGGGAACAGUUAGAGACAGUUCUACAACAAGUAAUAACCAGAUACCUGAAAUGAUAUCUAAUAAAGAAACAAUAGAACCACUUUCUGGCAUAAAUUACUCCGCUGAAGARGAGAAACACAUAGAACGUAUUUUAGAUAAUGAAUUAAAUGAUGUGACCCCGGAUGUAUAUACUUCUGUGGCUGUGACUGGAGAACAUAAAUUAAAAAAAUCAAUUAGUGAAACUGAAAUUAGUAAUGUGCCAAAUUCAUUAGACUUAUCAGAUUCUUAUAUAAAUCAAGAAAUACCUGUUAGUUUAAAUUCCACAUUUAAUGUAACCGAGGAUCAAGAUAUUGAAACAAUUAUUAUUAGUGACAUAAGUAUGAAUCUAAAUGAAGCAAAUUCUUCAACCCCUAAAGUUCAAUUCAGUAUUGGAGAUUCUGCCAAUCAUACUGUAGCUACUGUCACUCCAUUAGACAGUGAAAUUGAUUCUGGAUUUAUCUCUUCUGAAGCUGUGACUGUCCCUGAAUUAAGUAAAGAAUUAAUUGAUUUGAAUAAAAGUGACACCUUUGCUGAAGACAAUAAUAUUGAAAAAAAUAAACUUACUCCAUUGACGUUGGAUUUGGGAGGUACAAGUAUGAAUAGAAGUUCAGAAGGUAUAAUAGAUCUAGAGUCCACUGGACAACCAGAUAUGAUGACACCUGAUGAAGCUGAACAAUUACUUAGCACAAAUAGUCAAGAUAAUCUUUUGUCUGAUGAAGAAGCUAAAGAGAUCAAAAAAUUACUAUCACCUUCUGAUAAUGAUCAACUGAAUACAUCCGAUUGGAUGAGUGAAGUUCUUUCUAUUGAAUCUAAUGAUAAUGUCAAUAAUCAGAGUCGAGAAAUUAAUGAAACUCAUGAUAAUUAUAAUAUGGAAGACUUUCAAGUUGAUGAUUCUUGGGAGCAAAGUUAUGAAACAAAAACUGAUACAUUAUCCGCUAAUAACGGGAGUGCUGAAUUUGAUGAAUAUGAAGUAGAUGGUGAUUUAUAUAAAUCAAAAGAAUUUAUCCCAGAACCCACCAGAGAAGUAUAUGAAGAAGGCGGUGUUCACUAUUAUGAAGAUGGUCAUUUCUGGAUGGAAGUUCCAGGACUACCAGAACGUGAUUCAGAUGAUGAAUCUCAUAUUGUAGUCAAACAAAAUAUGAAAGUGAAAUUUAGUGCUGAUCCUAUCAAAGUUUAUAGCACUUUUUCAAUGGGUGAAUAUGAUCGGCGUAAUGAAGAUGUAGAUCCUGUAGCUGCAUCAGCUGAAUAUGAAUUAGAAAAACGUGUAGAACGGUUAGAUUUGAUGAAAGUAAUUUUAMUAAARGGUCCAGAAGGGCUUGGAUUAUCAAUUAUUGGAAUGGGUGUUGGUGCAGAUACAGGUCUUGAAAAACUUGGUAUUUUUGUAAAAACUAUCACUCCUGAUGGAGCUGCUGCUAAAGAUGGCCGUAUCCAGAGCCGAUUAAAUGUAGCUAAAGCUGAAGAUGAAGUUAGCAAACUGAAAACCAGGGUAGAAGAGUUGGAAUGGAAUGGUGCCAAUAAUAAAAAAGAAAUUGCUGAUAAACUUGUACAGUCUGGACUACACUUAAAUGAAUUGGAUAAAUGUUUAUAUGUUGCAAGAAGAGAUAAAGAGACUUAUCAAGGGAUGUUACAAACAUCAGAAGAACGUUAUAUCAACUUGGAAAAAAAAUACACAAAACUGAAAAAAAUUCUCAAGGAAUUUCAGCAACGUGAAACUGACCUUUUACAUAGAGAAGAAUAUUAUUUGCAGGUUUUACAAGAAAAGGACACAGAAUAUAAUGCUUUGGUCAAAGCUCUCAAAGAUCGAGUGAUACAAGUUGAACAUGAAUUGUUAGAUACUCAACGAAGAGCUGGUUUUCCUGUCCAGCUACCUCAAAAUACAACUAGCACUAGUCAUUAUUUAACUACUCUGACACCACUUGCCAAAAAAACAAAAGUUACUCCUGUCUUGCCAUUACUUCAACAACUUGGAGCUGAUUUAUCAGAAACAGAAGACUGCUUUGAUGAUGAAAAAGUUGCUACUGUUGAACGAAAAUUACCCGUUAAAGAAGAGUUAGAUCGUGCUGUUCCUCCACAUGAACUUUUAGAUGUAUCUUUAUCAAAGAGCAAAGCUGAACUAGCUGCCAGGGGUCUUGUUACACGGCAAUUACCAACUAAUGUUCUUCGUAAAUCUUUAUCCAAUAGCAGCUUAGAUAACAACAAUGAAGAAGUAAAACAUAUUGAAGACUCAAUAGUUCUAGAACCUUCUGUUGAAUUAAAAGAUGCAUCAAAUGUUGAAUCUAUUGUUCAAGAGMAAAAACAGAUGCCACAGUAUGCAUCUGUUCAAAAACCACCAUAUAAUCAUCAACCUGAUCAAUUUUUGGCUCGUAUUCAACAAUCAACUCAUUGUCGUAAUUUAAACGGUCCUCCACCAUCAUUAGCUGAGCAGCUUAAGAUUGUACUUGCAGAACGUGAAUCACGUUUGUCAGAAUCAAAUAGUUUAUACUCGUCUGAUCAUAACAGUUCAACAAGUUCCUUUGCUGAUGAAAUUAGAGAAGCUAGCUUAAAUUUGAAGAAAGCCAAUACUCAGUGGCAACAUACUAAUCAGUUGCCUCAAAGUUCUCCAUCUUCAGUAUCAUCAUCUGAAAGUGUAUCACCUGGUCAUUAUGCUUCUGAUUUAAAUAAUUCCAAAGCAAUUGGAUCAACUGAUUCAAUUGACAUUUGGACACCUCCUCAAUCUUCAGAUAGUUCAAUUACUGAGAGAAAAAAUUCUCAUGUUUGGCAUAAUGCACCUGUCCAUGAAUGGUCUAAAGAACAAGGUCUUUUAAAUUUAGAUACUAAAGAUUUUAAAAAUUUUGGUAUCAUUGGAGAUGACAAGAAUCGACUUAAGCGUAAACUUAAAGAUCUUAAAGCCCAAGCAGAAAAGGAAAAACGUCACAUUGAAAAAGAGCGAAAAGAAAAAGAACGGUUACAGAGAAAAGCUGAAAAACUAGCUGAAAAAGCUAGUAAACGUAAAUAACUUAAACUUAAAGUUUUUUUUGUCUUUGACUUCUAGUCUUUAGUAUAAGUGUUGAGUUUUUUCUAAGGAAAAAUAUUCACAAUUAUUGGAUGUGACAUUUUGUAUAAUAUUUAAUGUACAGCAAUGAUAUAUUUUCCCUCUUAAGAUAUCUUUAUAUUCCUGAUACGUCUGAAGCCUACUUAUUAACAACUUUUCAUGAGUAKAAUCAAAUAUAUUGCUCAUUAUAUUUAAGUACUUAAUUUAUUUGCAGUAUUAAAUAGAAUCAUGUAUACUAUUUAUUUAUUUUAUAUUCGUUUGACAGAAUAUUUAACAAUUCUUUUUUGUAGUUCAACAUUUUAUACUAUAGAUGAUACUAAUAUACUAGGCUUUAUAAGUUUUUGUUCUAUUMAAAAAUAAGUAUUACUUUAUGUUUGUCUAAUUAACUAUACUACACAUUUAUUUUCUUAUUAUCAGUGAGUAAAAAUUAAUUUUUAGAUGACAUUUUUACCUAAAUUAGGUAUCCUGAUUUUCUAGUCGCUCUAUCUACUUAACUUAUGUUGGAAAAAUACUUUUCCAUCUAAAAUUCAUAGUAU